AUGGCCCCCGCCGGGCGUCCGACGAGGCUGCUCUGCAUCGUCCCCAUCUCCACGACACGCAUGACGGACGACCUCCGUCGCGCCUACGGCUCACCAUCACCGUCAUCGUCGCCGUCAUCGUCUCCCGGCCUCGAGAUAUCCUUUCUCGACGGCCGCGGCCUCGCCGACUGCCCGCCCUGCAUCGAGAACGCCGCCCAGGCCGAGCAGUCGACGCGCGCCAUGCUCCCGCGCGUCAUCGCGCACAUCGCCGCCCAUGAGCCCCCCGACGGCGUGCUGGUCUGCUGCUUCUCGGACCACCCGCUCGUCCACGCCCUGCGCGAGCUGUUCGGCGCCGGCACCGGCACCGUCGGCUUCGGCGUCGUCCCCUUCGUCACGGGCAUCUUCCACGCCGCGCUGCGGGAGGCGACGGAAGCCGGCGGGCGGUUCGGCAUCGUCACCACGUCGCGGGCAUGGGGCCCGCCGUUGACUGCCUCCGUCGCAGAUCUCGGGUUCGGCGGGGCCUCGGCCGGCGUGGCGCCGACGGGGCUCGGGCCUCUUGAGCUGGAGAGUCUAGAGCGGCAUGUCGUCGUCGAUCGGAUCGUGGCGUGCGCAAGGCCGUUGAUCGACGACGAGGCGACGAGCAUCAUCCUCGGCUGCGCCGGCAUGACGGCUCUGGAAGGGGACAUCUUGCGAGCCCUCCCGCCGGACAUCCGGACUGUCGACGGGGUCCGGGCCGGGAUCGACUUGUUGUCACGGCUCGUCGGGGAGACAAAGGCUACACUGGAAACGGGAGCAGUAUCACGGACGGAGGACGUGAAGAUGAAGAGCAUAUGCGCCGUUCAAAGCACCGAGGUAACGAGCAACAGCGAGCAGGUCCUCUGCUGA